UUUGCCUUGUCUUUUCAGUUUCGCCGUGAAGAAGAUGCGGAAAAGGCCGUGAUUGACCUGAACAACCGCUGGUUUAAUGGCCAGCCGAUCCACGCCGAGCUCUCCCCUGUGACCGACUUCAGAGAAGCCUGCUGCCGCCAGUACGAGAUGGGGGAGUGCACGCGGGGAGGCUUCUGCAACUUCAUGCACCUGAAGCCCAUCUCUCGGGAGCUGCGGCGGGAGUUGUACGGGCGCCGCCGUAAGAAGCAUAGAUCGCGGUCCCGCUCUCGGGAGCGUCGCUCUCGGUCUAGAGACCGUGGCCGCGGCGGCGGCGGCGGUGGCGGCGGGGGACGGGAACGCGACAGGAGGCGGUCGAGAGACCGAGAGAGGUCUGGGCGAUUCUGAGCCGUGCUGUUCUUGCCGCGUGUCUGCUGGGAAGUGUCGUCCGUCGUUGGUUGACCGAGCCAGUUCAUAAUGGGAGUUUUUUUAAAAAAAACAACAAAAAAAACAAAGAUGGGUUUCUGAAUAAAAUUUGUAGUGAUACAG